AUGUCCGAAAAGGAAGCAAGGAGCCUACGACCACGCACCAAGGGCCCGCCUGCGCCCGCAGCCAGCAUGGACACCCCUACCCCCUCGUCCGGUAAGACUACGUCCGGCGAGACAAAUACGUGGAGCAAGGGCACCAGUGGCAACCCGAAUACUACCGGUGGAAACGAGUCGGUACACUCGGAAACGUUAGAUGCCACGGUAGUAAAUCGUAGUAGGUCAGGUACGCUAGUGAAUAAAGACGCCGAUGCGCCGCCGUCGCCGUCGCGGGCGCCGUCUAAUCGCGAUUCACAUAAAAGUCGCAAAUCGGUUAGGGAACGCGAUAAACAAUUGGCCGUGCUAAUGGCCGAGCUCGAGGUUCAUAAAGCCCGUCUGGUCGUUGCUAAGACAGAGUCCGAAACUGCAAAUUUACGGCUGCAGGUUGCGCAACUGAAGGCGCAGUCUGUCGGCAGCAGUGACGCGACCGUCGAAGAACGUACUAGAAGUUGGGUAGAACGACAAGCGAGGUUACAGCACGAGAUCGCACAGGAAAACGUUAAAAUCCCGCCGCCGAAACAGACCGCGCCACCGCCGCCGCGGGCAGCCGUCGAACGUACUAGCAAACCAACCCCGCGCACUUUAGAGGUACCGCACGGUACCUACGCGCCAAUGUACCAUAAACCGCCGGAAUUACCUGCAUUCGGCGGAGAUAUCUCCGAAUGGAUAUCAUUUAGGGCAGAGUUCGAAGAUACGUCGCCCAUGUUUAGUGCCGUCAAUAACGUCAGUCGGAUUAGGCGCGCACUUAAGGGCGAAGCUCGGACGGCCGUAAAAUCAAUAAUGUACACGGUUCAGGAUCCGUACGAGAUAAUGGACGCGUUGGAACGGCAGUUCGGCGACCCUGAGGAGAUUGUUCUUACGGAAAUUCAUAACGUUAAACGCAUGCCGCGUUUAUCCGAAGACAAUUCGAAUAUAACCUCAUUCGCCGCGCAUGUAGCGAAUGCCGUCGCCACCAUUAGAUCCUUGCGUCAAGAGAAAUACUUGCACGCGCCUGAGCUCGUGAAUAAAAUCGUGGAUAAAUUGAAUCUGAUAGUGCGCUAUGAAUGGGCCAAAUACAGGCAGUCUAACGUAGAAUCACCCGGGUUAGUAGCAAUUUCCGAGUUUCUAAACGAAAUUAGCACUGCGGCCAAGCGCAUAAACCGACUUAAGCCGUCCAACCGAUCACGGAAUGCAGUGAACGCGGUUUCCUCUGCGCGCGAACCCGAAAGAUCGAGCCAAGCUCUCUCUAGAUCUCGCGACCCCGCGUUCUACCGUGAUACGUAUGAUAGUUCGCGAAAUGAACGAAAUGCGGUUUCCUCUGUGCGCGAGCCCAGACGAUCGAGCCACGCUCUCGCUGGCCCCCGCGCCCCCGCGUCCCUUCGCGACUAUAGUUCGGAAUCGGAAUCAGAUUACCACGAGUCAUACACACGUGAUACGGGAAAUAGAUCGCGUUCUAAUAAAUCGACCGUAGCUCAAGUAAAGCACCGCGAUGGCAAUUUAAAGAAAAAGCCAGCGUCCACCGGAGCUAAGCCCAAGCGACAGAUAUCGUCUGUCUCUUUCUCGCGCGAAGCGUGCGCCAUAUGCAACAACGGCAAAGAACACGAAGUUAAGGAGUGUUCGAAAUUUCUAGCCGCGACUGUAUCUGAGCGCUGGGACUUGGCAAAGGGAGCUAAAUUGUGCUUUAGGUGUCUAGGCGCGAAUCACCGUAAAUUUUUUGGAUGUAAAUAUGUCGCGUGUGGCAUGAAUCAGUGCGAAGCCGGGCAUAAUAGGCUAUUACACGGUUUAAGCGCGGCCGGGUCCGCGAACGGUAAUAGUGCGCCGGCAGCUCGCAAAGCAAUACUCAAUGUUAAACUGCCGCAGACGUAUCUCAAAAUCAUGCCAGUAGAGGUAUCGGGACCGUUAGGUACCGUCCAAACCCUCGCGCUACUCGAUGAGGGCGCGGCAAUGACGUUGAUGUUACAUGAAACUGCGGAUAGAAUCGCACCUCGUGUGCGCGGUGAAACAUUAGAGAUAGAAGGCAUAGGCGGUGUAGUACGGGACCCAGAUUCGUAUGCGUUACGAGUCGCAAUACGGGGUUUUUGUAGCCGACAUAUGGAAUUAAUGGAGACUUACACGGUUUGCGAUAUAGGUUUAGGAGCGCAGGGCGUACCGCGAGACUUGGUAGAUAAAUGCGAUCAUUUAUCUAAAAUCGCGGACGAAUUAAGUUACCCCCCCGCAGUACCUACUAUCGUGAUAGGCCAAGAUAACUGGCAUCUCAUCAUUAGUCGGCAAAUUAUAGACGGUCCGCCCAACCUCCCAGUCGCGAGUUUAACCAGGCUAGGAUGGGUUUUGCAUGGACCAGACCGUACGCGUCGCGCCGCGGUACAAUUUGUUGGGCACGCAAGGCCUAAUACCGCGGAUGACGAGGCCUUACAAUUGAUGAAACGGCAUUUUGAUAUAGAGUCAUUAGGCGUUUCGCAAAAAUUACCUCGGGCCGAUCCCGACCAACGUGCGCUAGAUUUGUUAGAAGCCACCUGCGAAAAGAUACCGGGGGAGCAAAGGUAUCGCUCGGGCUUACUUUGGCGGUCAGAUGACGAGAAACUCCCCGAUAACCGAGAGCAAGCAUUGAAACGGCUGUACAGUCUAGAACGAAAGCUAGACCGCGAUGCGAAACUUAAGGCCGAAUAUGCGAAGCAUAUGAACAACUUGCUCGACAAAGGUUACGCGGAGAAAAUGGACUCGCGACCGCCCCCCGAGGCACCCCGGACUUGGUAUCUAGCCCACUUCCCAACUUUCCACCCGCAACGCGGGAAAAUGCGAUUAGUUUGGGACGCGGCCGCCACAGCUUACGGACGUUCGCUCAAUAGCGCGCUGUUGGCUGGCCCCGACCUGUUAGAAUCACUUUUCGGCGUGCUAGUGCGUUUCCGCGAGGGUAAAAUCGCGGUAAUAGCGGACGUCAAAGAGAUGUUUUUACAGAUCGAAAUAAUUGAGCAAGACCGCGAUGCGUUACGUUUCGUUUGGAGGGGAGAGGACCGUACCUCCCAACCGCAAGAAUAUAGGAUGAAGCGGCUAAUAUUUGGUUCGGCAGCGUCGCCGACAACCGCGCUAUACGUCAAAAACGAAAACGCAAAAUCGCAUAGUAAAGAAUUUCCGAUCGCAGCGGAAAAAACGAUAAAGAAUACGUACAUGGACGACAUGUUGAUCGCCCUCGAUACGUCUGAAGAGGACGCGAGACGCGUAGUAAACGAAGUUUACGAGCUAAAUAUGCGCGCGUCAUUCGAACUUCGCGGGUUCGCAUCGAACCAUCCUGCGGUAAUUGCUGACGUAGUUAAUAGCAAUCAGGAAACGUCGCUGUUAGGCGCGAACGAGAGCGAGCGUACCUUAGGUUUGAAAUGGAAUCACAAACGUGACACCUUAGGUUUUAACGUAAACUUUCGUAAUACGCCCGAAGACGUACUUAACGGUCAGAAAUUACCUACGAAACGACAGGUAACAAGUAGCGCGAUGUCGAUAUUUGAUCCGAUCGGUUAUGUGAGCCCCAUAUCCGUCUUAGGUAAGGCGUUAAUGCAAGAGAUAUGGAGGACAGGAAUCGAUUGGGACUCGCCUAUACCCGUCUCACUCGCACCCGCGUGGCGAUCGUUCAUUGAUAACGUACAACAAUUACGAGACUUGGAAAUUCCGCGACACGUGCCCGCAUUUAAUAGGGAGGCAUAUAUGCAUGUUUUUUGCGACGCGAGCGAAAAAAUAUAUGCCGCGGCCGUGUAUUUAGUUAGCAUCAACCCCGAGGGGACUAGAACCUCCGCGUUAGUGGCCGCUAAGGCCCGCGUUUCGCCUCUCCGGGUAGUUAGCAUUCCGAGAAUGGAAUUACAGAGCUGCGUACUAGCUACUAGAUUAGCGGAAACCAUCGUCAAGGAGUCAGAUUACGUAAUAAAGGAAAGGUUUUUUUGGUCUGACUCUAAAACGGCGCUCACGUGGAUACGUGCGGACCCACGUAGGUAUAAAACGUUCGUAGCACAUAGGUUAGCAGAAAUCGAGAACACUACCACCCCCGCCAACUGGCGCUGGGUGCCUAGUGCGGCUAACGUGGCGGACGACGCGACCCGCGGAAUACCUGCGCAAUUUGGAGUGAACCACCGAUGGUUCGUAGGGCCCGAUUUUAUACGUAAAUCUAGUGAGCAUUGGCCGAUCGAAAAAGUGCCUACGCCCGUUGCCGAUACGGGCGAGGAACGCGUCAAUAAACUUGUAUGUUCGGUAGGCGUUGCGGAGAAUAGGUUUGAGUACCUGCCGGAGGUCUGUAGGUUCUCAAAAUUCGUGCGAUUAGUUCGCGCCACCGCUAGUAUUCUAGUUGCCGCCGAGGUUUUCAAAGCCGCAUUGUUCGCUAAGAAAACAGAUACAGAGAUUAACAAGGGGCAUGUAGAUUUAGCCGAGAUGUUGCUAAUCCGAAGGAGCCAACAUGCUGCAUUUCCGGAAGAAAUGAAGCUUCUGGAAGCUGGGCGGCCACUCCUGAAGAAAUCUCCGCUAUACAAAAUCGCUGUACAACUUGACAAAAACGGAAUCAUCGUACUGAACACGAGAAUCGAUAAAAACACGCACAUGCCUGUUUUACAUGCGAAAGAAGAUUUCGUCAAGUUGUUGAUACAGCAUUUUCAUGCACUCUACAAUCACGGCAACCACGCGACCGUCAUCAACGAGUUGAAACAAAGGUACUACAUUAUCGGGCUGCGCGGUAGCAUUCGCUACAUAACGAAUAAAUGCCAAUGGUGCAGAACCUAUAGGGGAAUGCCAAUCAAAGUUCCCAUAGGUGACUUGCCGCCAGAAAGGCUAAAAGCGAAUCAGCCGCCGUUUACCGCUGCAGCCGUAGACCUGUUUGGCCCCAUGCAGAUAACUAUAGGCCGCCGCCGCGAGAAAAGGUGGGGUGUACUAUACACAUGCCUCACGACUCGCGCUGUACAUCUGGAGCUUGCCGCCUCACUUUCGGCAUCCUCCAUGAUACUGUCGCUACGCCGAAUGAUAGCGCGACGCGGCACGCCUACAGUUCUCUAUUCAGACAACGCCACCAACUUCUGCGGCGCUGAAAGAGAACUGGCAGAGGCCAAAAACACGCUGCCCGACAGUCUCAAGCCCUUCUUGACUGAGCGAGCCAUAAAAUGGAAAAAAAUUCCACCCGGCAACCCCUCCGCUGGCGGUGCCUGGGAACGGCUCGUAGGCAGCGUUAAAACGGCAUUAAAAGUAGUACUGAAAGAAAGAGCACCCCACGAAGAGGUUCUACAUACUUUACUGCUAGAAUCAGAGCACAUAGUCAAUUCCAGACCGCUGACACCAGUGAAUCCAGAUUUAGACAUCGAAGCCUUGACGCCGAACCACUUUUUAAUCGGUCGAUCAAGUGCUAUGUCGCCACUGGGUGUCUUCACAGACGCAACUAUGUCGCUCUCCUCGUGGAGAACAGCGCAAACGCUAGCCGACCAAUUUUGGAGGCGCUGGCAGCGGGAAUACCGACCCAGCCUCCUCCCCAGGCCCGGUGCUCAUCAAAACGUGAAGAGACUGCAUGAAGGUGACAUAGUCAUUAUUGCGGAUAGCUCCAUGCCACGAGGAACGUGGCCCAGAGGCGUAAUCGCCCAGCUAUUUCCUGGCCCAGAUGGUCAUGUGAGAGUGGCCAUUGUUCGCACACGCGCAGGUGACGUCCGCCGCCCAGUUUCCAGACUCAUCCUCAUUUACUCCGCGCAUGAAGACGGUGUUAACACACGUGGGGGAGACUGUCGUAAAUAG